CAAUAUUUCUGAAUUAAAUUUAGAAAAUAAUGAUGAAAUUUUAGAUGAAGUAGAAGUGGAAAAUAAUGAAUUUUUAGUUAUUACAGAAACCCAAUUACAAAAAUAUCAACAACUUUUUAAAAAAACUGAAAUUAUUAAAGACGAUAACUUAG